CUUGAAGGCACAGCAAAACACUACAAAAUUUACAUACAGACACACAGCAGACAUACCAAACUUCUCCGCUUUUCUCUCUCUCUAUAAAACCCACCUUUCUCUCUCUAAAACCCCCUGUUUUUUUUUUCUCAUGAGAUCUCUAUUUUGCUAUCACUCUCUGACUAAGGUCAGAAAAAUUUAGAUCUGAAGAGUAAAGGUUUCAACUCAACUUUAACAAAUCUGUUAGCUGCGAGGAAAUCAAGAUGAUGCCCAGACCUCCCCCUCAUGAUGAUUUCUCACUCAAGGAGACGAAACCGCACCUCGGUGGAGGGAAGGUCACAGGAGAUAAGCUUACUGCUACUUAUGACCUCGUGGAACAAAUGCAGUAUUUGUAUGUUAGAGUAGUGAAGGCAAGGGACUUGCCUGCUAAGGACAUUACUGGUAGUUGUGAUCCAUAUGCUGAGGUUCGGUUAGGAAACUAUAAGGGAACAACUCGUCAUUUUGAGAAGAAGUCGAACCCUGAGUGGAACCAAGUGUUUGCUUUCUCUAGGGAUAGGGCUCAGGCGACUAUGCUUGAGGUGUCUGUGAAGGAUAAAGAUUUUGUGAAAGAUGAUUUCAUGGGUUGGGUACUGUUUGAUCUUUCUGAGGUUCCGAAGAGGGUUCCACCGGAUAGUCCUCUGGCUCCUCAAUGGUACAGGUUAGAAGAUAGAAAAGGGAAUAAGCUCAGGGGCGAGCUUAUGUUAGCUGUGUGGUGGGGUACUCAAGCUGAUGAAGCGUUUCCUGAAGCGUGGCAUUCUGAUGCUGCAACUGUUGGUGGAGCUGAUGCACUUUCGAAUAUUCGUUCAAAAGUGUAUCUUUCACCUAAAUUGUGGUAUCUUAGAGUUAAUGUGAUUGAAGCGCAGGAUUUGAUACCUAGUGAUCGAACUAGGUUCCCGGAAGUUUAUGUGAGGGCGGAACUUGGACAUCAGAUGUUAAGGACUAAAGUAUCUAUGAGCAAGUCUAUCAAUCCUUUAUGGAACGAGGAUUUAAUGUUUGUAGCUGCAGAACCGUUUGAAGAGCACUUGGUUUUGAGUGUGCUAGAUAGGGUUGCGCCUAAUAAGGAUGAAUCUCUUGGACAGUGUGCAAUUCCUUUGCAAUAUGUGGAACGGAGGUUAGAUCAUAAAGCUCUUAACACAAGGUGGUUUAAUUUGGAAAAAUAUGUUACGAUUGAUGGGGAAAAGAAGAAGGAAGUGAAGUUUGCUAGCAGGAUUCAUAUGAGGAUUGGCUUGGAAGGUGGUUAUCAUGUUCUUGAUGAAUCUACUCACUACAGUAGUGAUCUUAGGCCAACGGCUAAACAGUUAUGGAAAAAUAGCAUUGGAGUUCUUGAAGUUGGUAUCUUGAGUGCACAAGGGUUAUCACCAAUGAAGACAAAAGAUGGAAGGGCAACAACAGAUGCAUAUUGUGUGGCUAAGUAUGGUACAAAAUGGGUGAGAACAAGAACAAUAAUAGACAGUUUUAUGCCAAAAUGGAACGAGCAAUAUACAUGGGAAGUUUUUGAUCCUUGCACUGUUAUAACAAUUGGUGUGUUUGAUAAUUGCCACCUGCAAGGUGGUGGUGACAAGGGUGGAGGGCCGAGGGAUUCGAGAAUCGGGAAGGUCAGGAUUCGUCUUUCAACCCUUGAAACUGACCGUGUUUACACCCAUUCAUACCCUCUUUUGGUUUUGCAUCCAACGGGGGUGAAGAAGAUGGGCGAGAUUCAUUUGGCCGUGAGGUUUACAUGCUCGUCAUUACUGAACAUGAUGCACAUGUACUCACAACCAUUGUUACCCAAAAUGCACUACAUUCAUCCCUUAACCGUAGCCCAACUUGAGAACUUGAGGCACCAGGCCACUCAGAUUGUCUCCAUGCGACUCAGCCGUGCUGAGCCACCAUUAAGAAAAGAGAUUGUGGAGUAUAUGCUGGAUGUUAGCUCUCACAUGUGGAGUAUGAGACGAAGUAAAGCUAAUUUCUUCAGAAUCAUGGGAGUUUUGGGUGGUUUAAUUGCAGUUGGAAAGUGGUUUGAUCAGAUUUGUAAUUGGAAAAAUCCCAUUACAACUAUUCUCAUUCACAUCCUUUUCUUGAUACUAGUCUUGUAUCCGGAGCUCAUUCUGCCCACUGUUUUCCUAUAUCUAUUUCUAAUUGGAGUUUGGUACUACAGAUGGAGGCCAAAGAACCCACCACACAUGGACACUCGUCUCUCAUGUGCAGAUAACGCACAUCCAGAUGAACUUGAUGAAGAAUUUGACACCUUUCCAACUUCCCGCCCUGCUGACAUCAUCAGAAUGCGAUAUGACCGUUUAAGGAGUAUUUCUGGAAGGAUUCAAACAGUGGUUGGUGAUUUAGCAACACAAGGAGAAAGACUUCAGUCUUUACUCAGCUGGAGAGACCCUAGAGCUACUGCAUUGUUUGUAAUAUUCUGUUUAAUUGCUGCUGUUGUUCUGUAUGUCACACCUUUCCAAAUUGUGGCCCUCAUUACAGGCUUCUAUGUGUUACGACACCCAAGGUUCCGCCAGAAACUGCCAUCUGUUCCGCUCAACUUCUUCAGAAGAUUGCCUGCGAGAACCGACUGCAUGCUAUGAGUAAACUUUACAACUUCUGGCUUCAUUUACCCAUUCUGGUAUGAUGCAUACAACUAUCUUGGAACAAUAUUUUGUAUAUCUUGUUGUGGUCCCCGUCACAGGGUCUUCGUAACUUCAAACUUGGUGUCACCUUUUGCUGUGUAGUUUUUUAGGUUGUGUUUUUUGUUUGAAUCUAUCCCUAGUUGUUAUUAGUAGGUGGUUAUGAUUCUUAUCUUUGGCGAUAUAUAUCUUGGAUUUUAAACUUCUAUUGAAUGUUCCUUCAAUCAGGAGAGAAUUCUCAUUUCUGCUCUA